UCGCAUCGUCAAAUAUCAAAUCCAACAUUUCACUUAAAACCACACACAAAUCUUUGUCGCAAUGGAGUGUUUUACACAUAACAAAACACCUUUGUUCUUUCUUGUGUUGUUAGCCACCUUAACCAACGUAGCCCUCGGCCAAGGCACCCGAGUUGGCUUCUACCGAACCUCCUGCCCAAGGGUUGAAGCCAUCGUGCAGUCUGCUGUGGAUGCAGCUAAUCGGGCCAACCCAGGAGUCCCACCCGGUUUGGUUAGAAUGUUCUUUCACGAUUGCUUUGUUAAUGGCUGUGACGCCUCUAUCCUAAUUACCGGUCCUGGUAGUGAGAGAACCGCUCCACCCAAUUCUCUAUUGAGAGGCUUCGAGAUUAUCGAUGCUGCAAAGACCGAGCUCGAAAGGGUUUGUCCUGGGGUCGUCUCCUGUGCUGAUAUUCUUGCUAUCGCUGCCCGUGAUUCCGUGCUUCUGGCUGGGGGAAUUGCGCGUUGGCCAGUGCCAUUAGGCCGUAGAGAUGGAUUGGUUUCACGUGCUGCUGAUACUGCAAAUCUUCCUGCUUUCAAUGACGCCGUUAAUGUCCAAAUCAGGAAGUUUUCUGAAAAAGGUCUUAACACGCAAGAUCUUGUAACUCUUUCUGGAGCACACACCAUUGGGACAGCAGCGUGUGCGUUAUUCAGCUAUAGGCUAUACAACUUCAACAACACGAAUGGACCGGAUCCGUCUAUUGACACAACAUUUCUUCCCACACUACGAAACUUGUGCCCCAAUGGAGGUGAUGGUACACGGCGUGUGGCUUUAGAUACGGGCAGCGAAAACAGAUUUGAUAAUUCGUACUUUUCAAACUUGAGGAACCGGCGAGGAGUGCUUGAAUCUGACCAAUUGCUAUGGAGCGACCCAACAACACAAAGGUUAGUGCAACGGUUUCUUGGAGUUAGGGGACUCCUUGGAUUGACUUUUAACGUUGAGUUUGCAAGAUCAAUGGUGAGGAUGGGUAAUAUUGAGGUGAAAACUGGGACUCAAGGAGAAAUUCGUCGGGUUUGUAGUGCAAUUAAUUGAUCAAUGAUGGAUGUUCAUGCGAAUUGGAAUCGUGAUAGGCUUAUAAGUUGUUAAUACAAGCAAUACAUGUGUUAGGAGAAAAGUUUUAAAAGAGAUAAGAAUAAGAAGUAAUAAACUGUACUUUUUCGAUUGAUUACGUCAAGUGUUUAAUUAGUUAUGAUAAUAUAACACAAAAAGUUGGCAAA